AUGGGUGACGACGGCUCCUCCGCAAAGGGCAGCAAUGAAGCCGCUGACCCUCUUUUUCUCAACCACUCAGACCACCCUGUGUUGGUCCUCGUUUCAAAGAAACUCAAUGGCGACAACUACAACACUUGGUCUCGCUCGAUGAAGAUUUCUCUUAGUGCUAAAAAUAAAAUUGGGUUCAUAGAUGGAUCCAUCAAGAAACCUAAGGCGGACAAGCACCCUCUCGAUUCUGCGGCAUGGCAGCGAUGCAACGACAUGGUGGUGUCGUGGCUCUUAACUUCUCUGGAACCAGAUGUGGCUGACAGCGUCAUUUAUUUAUCCACCGCUCACGACAUUUGGGAUGACCUUCGCGAGCGUUUUUCUCAAAACAAUGUCCCUCGUCUCUUUCAAAUCAACCGUGAGAUUGCUUCUCUCACUCAAGGACAGCUUUCCAUUGCUGCAUAUUACACCAAAUUGAAGGGGUUUUGGGACGAGUUGGCAUCCUUCAACGAGGCCACAUCUUGCACAUGCGGCGCACAGAACGAAACCAAUAGACUUAUGCAGUUUCUCAUGGGAUUACCCGAAUCCUACAGUGCCAUCCGUGGCCAGAUUUUGUUGAUGAAACCUCUCCCGUCGGCUCGACAAGCAUAUUCAUUCAUCUCACAGGAAGAGAAACAUCGGGAACUUGGCUCCACACGUACUCCAGAUUCGCAGACUGCAGCCAUGGCCGUUCGUCAUGAUUCUCGCUCUCGUCCAAGAGGAGAUCGACCUCCACUCCACUGCACCUAUUGCAACUAUGAUCACCAUACCCGAGAUACCUGUUACCAACUUCAUGGAUACCCACCCGGUCACCCCCGCUAUGGCCAGAAGCCUGUUCCACGCCGCAACCACAACAACAACAGCAGCAGCAGUCGGCACAACACCAACAGCACCAGCGGCAAUAGCCACCGUUCUCAUGCCUCAUCUGCUGCCCACCAAGUCACCGCCCAUGCUCCAACUCUCCAAGAUAUUCAGUCCGCCAUGCCCCACUUAUCCGACAGCCAAUAUCAACAAAUCAUGUCCGUGAUGGCUGAUACAUCCAGUUCCUCUCCUUCCAACCCGCAAGCACAUGCUGCUUCUGCUAGUUCCUUUUCUCAAGGUUUGUCACCCAUCGCUUCCUCUCAUGGUCCAUGGAUCAUUGACAGCGGCGCGACAGAUCACAUCACAUGUUCUUCUCAUUUAUUGACGAAUAGCACCCCCACCACUCAUUCACCUCCUGUUUCCUUGCCUAGUGGAGACAAGGCUUCGAUCACUUUGACAGGAACAAUUUCAUUAAAUUCUCAUACACAAUUGAAAGAUGUUUUAUGUGUGCCUAGUUUUAAUAUUAAUCUUUUAUCCGUUGGUAAAAUUACAGAUGGGUUACGUUGUUCCGUAACUUUUUUUCCUUCUUGGGUUCUUUUGCAGGACUUGGUUUCGAAGACGACGAUUGGUGUGGGUAAGCGACGAGGAGAUCUUUACUACCUCGUGGCGCUCGCCUCCACCACCUCCGAUGACCGUCCAUCUUCCUGUAACCUUCUCACCACCUCCACCAACCUUUGGCACCGCCGGCUAGGACAUCUUUCCCCAGCCCGUUUGCAAUUCUUAGCUAGUACCUCUUUAAAUUGCUCUUUUGAUUCGCGUCAUGUUUGUGAUAUUUGUCCGUUGGCAAAACAAACUCACCAACCUUUUGGCCUUAGUUCUAUUUCAACUUCUAGACCUUUCUCUCUUUUACAUUGUGACAUUUGGGGUCCUAAUAAACAUCCCUCUCUUACUUGGGCUUAUUAUUUUUUAUCCAUAGUUGAUGAUUUUUCUCGUUUUACUUGGGUUUUUCUUAUGAAACAUAAACAUGAAACACAAGCCCUCCUCAAAACCUUUUUUGCCUAUGUUGACACACAAUUUCAUCUCAAAGUUCAACAAAUCCGUGUUGACAAUGGGGGAGAAUUCUUCUCCAUGCGCAAUUUCUUUUCUGACCAUGGGAUAAUUUAUCAACACUCUUGCGUUUACACACCCCAACAAAAUGGAGUUGUUGAACGCAAACACCGCCAUCUCCUUGAAACUGCACGAGCCCUUCGUUUUCAAUCUAAUUUGCCCAUAAAAUUUUGGGGGGAGUGUGUUCUUACUGCCGCUUACCUUAUCAAUCGCUUCCCUACAUCUCUCCUCCACAACAAAACCCCUUUUGACAUUCUCUACCACAAAGCACCCUCUUACAACCAUAUGAGAGUUUUUGGUUGCCUUGCCUAUGCCACCUCUGUUCACCCAAGCUCCAAAUUCGCUCCUCGAGCCCACAAAUCUGUUUUCAUUGGCUAUCCAAUUGGCCAGAAAGCUUACAAACUUUAUGACCUUGAAACCCAUAAAACUUUCACUAGCCGCGAUGUUCUCUUCAUGGAAGAUACGUUCCCUUUCUCCAGCCCCGACCCAUCCACACCACCACAUACCACCGGACCCUCCCUUCCUUUAUUGCCCUUUACUGACCCGGACCCAUUCCCUUUGACCUCCGGCCCUUCUCCUCCUUCUCCGUCCACCACCGGCCCUGCCCCAGGCCCAGACCUCCUCCCUCCACCCACGGACCCCACUCCUUCCACCACCAGUCCUACCCCAGACUCAGACCUCCCUCUUCCCACGGAUCCCACUCCUUCCGCCAGCGUCCCGGUCACCCAGCCCGCCCCUGACACGCCUCGGCCCACCCGUAUCUCCUCCCGUCCCAAGCAACCCUCCACACGCCUCAAGGACUUCGUUUGCUCGCAGGUGAUUCUGCCCCCACAUCAAUCCUCUUCUUCGUCGACCGGUCCUUCACCAGGUACUCGUUUUCCCCUCUGUAAUUUUAUUUCUUACCAUCGGUACUCGCCCAGACAUCUUUCUUUUGUUAACUCCAUCAGUUGCAGUGUAGAACCUUCCUCUUUUGCAGAGGCCAACAGCGAUCCUCGCUGGCGUGAGGCUAUGGACUCCGAACUUGCUGCUCUUGCUGACAAUCACACUUGGACCCUUACUCCUUUGCCUCCUGGCAAAUUCCCCAUUGCCUGCAAGUGGGUGUACAAGAUUAAACACCGUGCUGAUGGUUCUGUUGAGCGCUACAAAGCCCGCCUUGUUGCCAAAGGUUUUACUCAAACCGAGGGCCUGGAUUAUCAUGAAACCUUUUCUCCCACUGCCAAGAUGAUCACUGUUCGUUGUCUUUUGGCUAUCGCCGCUAGUCAGCACUGGGUUAUCCAACAACUCGAUGUUCAUAAUGCCUUUCUCCAUGGUGAUUUACAUGAGGAGAUCUACAUGUCCCCUCCUCCUGGUCUUCGGCGACAGGGGGAGAACCUUGUGUGUCGCCUCCACAAAUCUCUCUAUGGACUUAAACAAGCUUCUCGACAAUGGUUUGCCAAGUUUACUGAAGCCAUCCUUGCUGCUGGUUUUAUCCAAUCAAAGGCCGAUUAUUCUCUCUUCACCCGCAAAGUUGGCAAGUCUUUUACAACAUUAUUAAUUUAUGUUGAUGAUAUUCUGAUUACAGGAAAUGAUAUUGAUGCCAUUAAUUCUCUCAAGAGUUUUCUACACACUCGUUUCCGUAUCAAAGACUUAGGUGAUUUGAAAUAUUUUUUGGGUAUUGAAGUCUCCCGAUCCAAGAAAGGCAUUUAUGUUUCACAAAGAAAAUAUGCACUUGAGAUACUCAAAGAUUAUGGGUUCUUAGGUGCUCGACCAGUUGACUUUCCAAUGGAGGAAGCCAAACUUUCUGACAAAGGCGAAUUACUCAAAGAUCCCGAAAAAUACAGACGAUUGGUGGGACGACUGCUCUAUCUAACUAUUACCCGACCAGACAUCACCUAUUCGGUACAUGUCCUAAGUCGCUUCAUGCACCAGCUACGAUUACCUCACAUGGAUGCUGCUCUUCGAGUUGUUCGAUAUCUCAAGUCCACUCCAGGUCAAGGUUUGCUUUUUCAGUCUGAUAACAAGUUAGAUUUAAUUGCUUAUUGUGAUUCGGAUUGGGCUGGUUGCCUCAUAACCCGUCGUUCAACUACUGGAUAUUGUGUAUUCUUGGGUAAUUCAUUGAUUUCCUGGCGAACUAAGAGACAAAGGACGGUUUCACUGUCCUCUGCAGAAGCCGAAUAUAGGGCCAUGGCAAGCACCUGUUGUGAGGUUACUUGGUUACGUUUUCUGUUGCAAGAUUUGCACUUGCCAUCUUCAGAAGCAUCUCAUAUGUAUUGUGAUAAUCAGGCGGCAUUACAUAUAGCAGCAAAUCCAGUUUUCCAUGAGAGAACACGACAUAUUGAGAUGGAUUGUCAUUUUAUUCGUGACAAAAUAAUUGAUGGUACUGUUUCUACAUGGCAUGUGAAUUCUUCACAGCAACUAGCUGACACAUUUACGAAACCUUUGGGCAAGGAGAAGUUUUCAGCUAUGUUGCGCAAGUUGGGCGUUCUUGACAUCCACUCUCCAACUUGA